CAAAUUUCGCAGCCCCGAUCACUACCUCAUUAAUUUAGGCGUGUGAUCAGAAAUGGCGGAAAGAUUACUCGAUGUCGAGCUAUUUUUGUCUCCCAAAGCUCAUUAGGUGCGGAAGGGUGACGGUGAAAACACAGCACGCGCACGAGGGAAGCGGCUCUUGUAUCUCUAUCUCGCGCCUUUGAGCUCAGGUUACCGCGAACGCCGCUCUGCGUCCGAACGCGUCCCAAAACACCCACUUCUGCGUUCUGGGGGAAAAAACACACUCCAUCGGACACUUCGAGGGACGAACUGCUUGAAAAUGUUGACCCUGUUGUCGGCUAUGUACUUGGUGUCCCGCACGGCUUCGGCGCAGGCCGAACCGAUCCGUGUGCUGGUGACUGGCGCCGCCGGACAGAUCGCUUAUUCUCUGCUCUACAGCAUCGCUAAAGGAGAUGUGUUCGGCAAGGACCAGCCAAUCAUCUUGGUGCUUCUGGAUAUCACUCCCAUGCUGCCUGUGCUGGAUGGGGUCGUCAUGGAGCUGCAGGAUUGUGCUCUUCCACUUCUGAGGGAGGUGAUUCCCACUGAUAAGGUUGAGGUGGGCUUCAAGGAUCUUGACGCUGCCAUCUUGGUGGGCUCUAUGCCCAGAAAAGAGGGCAUGGAGAGGAAGGACCUACUGAAGGCUAACGUGGCCAUUUUCAAAACCCAAGGUGAAGCACUGGAGAAGAACGCCAAGAAGACCGUCAAGGUGCUAGUUGUGGGAAACCCAGCCAACACCAACUGUUUGAUCGCCUCCAAAUCAGCUCCCUCUAUUCCUAAGGAGAACUUCUCCUGCCUGACCCGUCUGGACCAUAACAGGGCCCGCUCUCAGGUGGCGAUACGUGUCGGUGUGCCCUCUGACAGUGUGAAGAAUGUGAUUAUCUGGGGAAAUCACUCCUCAACUCAGUACCCAGAUGUGCACCACGCUAUCGUGAACAAUCAUGGGAAGGAGAUGUCAGGUUUUGACGCAGUGAAUGACGAAAGCUGGCUGAAGGGCGACUUUAUCAGCACUGUGCAGCAGAGAGGUGCAGCUGUCAUCAAGGCCAGGAAGCUCUCCAGUGCAAUGUCUGCUGCCAAAGCCAUCUGUGACCACAUGAGGGACAUCUGGUUCGGCACUCCAGAUGGUGAGUGGGUGUCUAUGGGUAUCUACUCCACUGGUAAUUCCUAUGGAGUUCCUAAUGACCUCAUGUACUCCUUCCCUGUUAUGAUCAAGAACAAGACCUGGAAGGUGGUUGACGGACUUGCCAUCAAUGAUUUCUCCCGCGGUAAGAUGGAUGGCACCGCCGCUGAGCUGGUAGAGGAGAGAGACACAGCACUCACCUUCCUUGGAGCGUGACUUGAUGUCUCCACAACAAUGCGGCAGCCGUUAGACUCUUCAAAGUCCCCAAAUCCCCGACUGUAAAGUCCUGUAGAUAUCAUAGCUGACCGUGUGUGCGUGUGUGGAUAUUUAUGCCUCUUAACGUAUGCGUGUGUGCGUUACUUCACAAGAAACAUUUGCAAUGUAACUUCCUCUGCUUAGAGUGUCUGGGGCAACACCUGAAGAACAUUUCCAAUUAAAACCGUUACGCACAUAGUUGUCCUGACCAAAAUAAUGAUCAUCUGUCAUACAACAAUAAAAGACCAUGUGGAAAAUAAA